UCGCUCUUAAAGGUAGACCAGACGACCUUCAUCUUAGUCGGUUAGCGUGCGAGAGUCAUGUUAUUGUACCUGCUGAAUUAGCCGGAGACGAUUGGGAGAAAAUAGAAAAUGAUGGAUCAGCCAAGGAGGAGUUGAAGCACGGGUUUAGACUGCAAUGGAAUUUAACCUUAUGGGAGAGUUGUGUUAAAUGCAAAAUUAGUGGAGGCAAAUGCGGGGAACUGGAUGGAGGUUUUCUGUGCAAAUGUUCUGAUAAAGCUUCUCUGAGUACUUGCAAAAGAGCGCAACAUGGCGAUUUGGUGAUGAAAGUCGCAAUAGCUGCAUCAGGAGUUGGCAUUGCAAUUGUCAUUCUUGUAGUCUAUUCCUUGAGGGAGAAACCCUGAUAAGGAAACAUAUGGCUAUGAUGAUGGGAAAGAGAGAACAUUCUGUGGCCGCACAGCAAAUUGAGGGGCUAAGCUCUUUGAGGAGAUAUACCUACAAAGAUAUCAAGAGGAUGACCAAUUCUUUCCAGGAAAAAUUGGGUCAAGGAGGUUAUGGUUAUGUGUACAAAGGCAAGCUUCAAGACGGUCAACUUGUGGCCGUGAAGCUUCUAAAGAAUUUGAAAGGCAACGGGGAAGAGUUUAUCAAUGAAGUUGCAAGCAUAAUCUGGACUUCUCAUGUCAAUAUUGUUAGCCUUCUGGGCUUUUGCUUUGAGGGGAGCAAAAGAGCUUUAGUUUAUGAGUUCAUGCCCAAUGGAUCAUUGGAAAAGUUCAUAUUCAAAAGCAAUGCUUCAAAGUCAAAUCGACAAUUGAGUUGGGAGACAUUGCACAACAUCUCCUUAGGCAUAGCACAAGGGCUAGCAUACUUGCAUCGAGGUUGUAGCGCUAGGAUCUUGCAUUUUGAUAUAAAGCCUCACAACAUUCUUCUCGAUCGAAAUUAUUGUCCGAAGAUUUCUGACUUUGGUCUUGCCAAAAUAUGUCCAAGAGAAGAGAGUAUCGUGUCGAUGUUGGGUGCACGCGGCACUGUAGGCUACAUUGCUCCUGAAUUGGUGAUAGGGAACAUUGGAGGGGUUUCUCACAAAUCAGAUGUCUAUAGUUACGGCAUGAUGAUUUUGGAAAUGGUCGGAGGGAGAAAAAACGUUGAAGUUGGGGUGGACCGUACAAGCGAAAUAUAUUUUCCUCAUUGGAUUCAUCAACGCCUUGAGCUUCAAGAAGAACUCAGGUUGCGUGGUAUCACAAAUGAGGAAGACGAAGGAAUUGCAAAGAAGAUGAUCAUAAUCAGCUUAUGGUGCAUUCAGAUUGAUCCGAGAAAUCGACCACCGAUGACUCAAGUGGUGGAGAUGUUAAAAGGAAGUGUUGAGACCUUGCAAAUUCCCCCCAAACCAACCUUGUCAUCCCCCUUGUCAUCCCCCUCAUCGAGAUCCCCCAUAGCAACUACAGAUGAUAGUUUAUUGCUGCAAUUUGAUGUCACGACAACAUCAGUAUAA